CCCUCAGAUUGUCUCUCAGAUUUUUGCGCUGUGGGUCGGACGUGGCAUUUGGCGUGUUUCUAGGUUUAUUGCGGUGGGACGGAGUUGGAAUUGGGGGGUUGAAGCGGUGUGUGUGAAUGUACUCCGGUGGUGCCCUGCUGCUGCUCCGUGGGAAAUAAAAAAACACUGGGUUGUUGAGAGUGAGCGAGCGAGCGAGCGGGUUUUUUCUUUCCUGUUUUGGGGCCCUUCUUAGAGGUGGCGUUGAUGGAUUGGUGGUCCUUUGUUUAGUUGGGUAUGUAAUUCUUUUUGCCUUGUGGAUGAGAGGUGGCGUGUUUGAUGAUAUUGUAGGGUGUUUUGCUGGGAUGGGUAAUUCUUACGUUCGUGGAGAAGAGAAUUUUUGUACAGUGUCGUGGAGUUUGCAGUGAGUUGUGAAGAUUGACGUUUUGUUGACCCUGUCAGGGUGACGAGUCGGAGUGGUUAGAUUCGGUUGGAGGUUCUACGUUUGAAAUUGUUCGAGGGAAUAUCUCAUCUUCUGUUGCGUUGGAAUUUUCCCGGUUGUUUCAGUUUGCAAAGGGUUUUAUGUGCUUAUGACGUUUCGAACCAAGGGAUCUUGGACUAGAAGUGAAGAUAAAGCUUACACUUCGUGGUCUAUUUCUGUAUAAUCAUUAUCAGCGCCUUGUGUGAGAAGAAACAGGAGAGUUGCUUCUACACAGAAACAGGAAGUGGAAUAGCUAGGAGAAGCUCCCAGACGUAGACGCUCAAGCGAAAAAAGUGAAGAAUUAGAAGAUGAAGAAAGUUCGUGACAGAUUGUUCAUAGGCAACAUUAAGGAUGCUGCCGAAGUACUGACAUCAUCACAUCCGCCUGUUACGCACAUGUUGUCCCUGAUAACGCCGAACAUGGACCCGCUGGAGUUCAAGCAACCCGCCUCAGACGAAGACAGCCCUAGGGUUCUCAAUGUUGCAAACGUUGAGGUUGACAAGCUCGAGAGGAAGAUUGUUCCCAUCCGUGACAUCGAAUCACAGAAUUUGUUGGAUCAUCUCGAGGGAUGUCUUGAGUUCAUUGAGAAUGGCAGGAGUAAUGGCAGUGUUCUUGUUCAUUGUGUUGCCGGAGUCUCUCGUAGUGCGGCUGUCAUUACAGCGUAUCUGAUGCGCUUGGAACGCCUCACAGUAGAUGAAGCAUCAGCAUCCUUACAGCAAGUGAGCAGUAAAGUCUACCCAAAUUAUGGGUUUAUGCAGCAGUUGCAACUAUUUGAGGAAAUGGGCUACGUUGUGGACAGGAAGAACUUGUCUUUCAAGAAAUUCCAUCUUGAAAAUCUCGACGAAGCCUUUUGGAGGGGGGAGAAGAUCGAAAACUCUCGUUAUGCUGCUGAUCCCGCGGUCAACUCAAAUAAGUUUGAGGAAGAUGUUGGGGUGUCUUCUUCACAGGCCAGUGCGCAAUAUUCUUGCAAAAAGUGCAAGCGAGUGGUGGCCUGUCAGGAGAAUGUGAUUCCUCACGAACCCGUUUCUGGUGAGAGCUCUUUCAGGUGGAGACGGCGUGAUGUUCGGCGUUGGGGUGGAGAGCACGAUGAUCCAGCAUGUACAUCCAUUUUUGUUGAGCCCAUGCAAUGGAUGAACCUAGACGGAGAUGGAUUGCACGAAGGAAAGCUUCAAUGUUUGAAUUGUGAGUCAAGAUUGGGAAGUUUCAACUGGGCUGGUAUUCCAUGCAGCUGCGGUAAACGUGUUACGCCAGCUUUUCAGCUGCACAAAUGCCAUAUAGAUUCAUCUCUCACGGUCAAAACAGACUCGUCAGGUGCAGAACCGAUGCGAUACUCUCAUGCCUCGGAUUCCAAUACUUUCACUCCAACCCGCCUCUGUGGGCACCUAUUAGUUUAAGAGGUUGGUCUCAUCAACAAGUGAAGUUCGCAUCAAGGACCAAGAAAAUUUCCUUAGGUUUAUGAAACGAAGUGGCAACAUGGAAGAAAAGAUGUAUACCUCUGCAGCUUUUCCCAUGUUAGUAGGCAGUUGUAGUUUUGCUCGCUGCCACCAAAUAUCAAGUAGUCUCUUUGAGAUGGCAGGAGAAUGUUUGCGUGUGGAUUGUGAGUGAGUCGAUAGUUUUGCCCCAACCACCGUGGUCAGCACUGUAAAUCCCCAAACAAAUUCACUUAGUGUUACGAUACCUUGCAGACUCUCCAUAGCUAUUACCUUUUGUACAAAACGGAUGGUUCAAGUUAUGUUAAUAUAUGCUCAAGUUUGCCAAAAAGUGUGCAAGCUUGCUUUUCUUUCA